GGCAGUUUGUGUCAGACCACGGAGCACGGAAGAUGUUCCCGGUUGUUCACGGUACGGGUAGUUCACCCUCGUCGCGACGUCGGCGUCGCGCGACGAAUUGUCACGGUGCCGUGUCUGUUACGCUUGGAAACUUCAAGAACGUUGCUAGUUCACGGAUCGACAGGCCAACGUCCACUGCCACACUGAUGACGACCGCCUUGUGCGUCUUGCUGGUCCUCUUGCCCGCGGCGUACCCCGACAAGAUCUCCAUCGGUGCAAUUUUCGAGCAAGGCACCGACGAAGUUCAAUCAGCGUUCAAAUUUGCAACGUUGAACCACAACAAAAACAACACGACUCGGAAGUUUGAGUUGCAGGUUUUCGUGGACGUAAUUAAUACCGCGGACGCAUACAAGCUAUCCCGUCUUAUCUGCAGCCAAUUCAGCAGAGGGGUGUUUUCCAUGCUAGGCUCCGUGAGUCCGGAUUCGUUCGACACCCUCCAUUCUUACAGCAACACGUUCCAGAUGCCUUUCGUGACGCCCUGGUUCCCUGAGAAGGUACUGACGCCGUCCUCUCGUCUCCUGGAUUUCGCCAUAAGCAUGCGUCCGGAUUAUCAUCGCGCCAUCAUCGACACGGUGCGAUACUACGGCUGGAAGAAAAUCAUCUACCUCUAUGACUCCCACGACGGACUGCUCAGGCUACAGCAGAUCUAUCAAGGCUUGAAACCGGGGAACGAGUCGUUUCAGGUGGAAACCGUCAAACGAAUACAAAACAUGUCCGAGGCGAUUGAUUUCCUGCGCAGCUUGGAGGAGCUGAAUCGAUGGAGCAACAAAUACGUGGUGCUCGACUGUCCAACAGAUAUGGCGAAGGAUAUCGUAGUGAGUCACGUGAGAGACGUUGCACUUGGGAAAAGAACGUAUCACUACUUGUUGAGUGGAUUGAUAAUGGACGACCGUUGGGAGAGCGAGGUGAUUGAGUACGGGGCCAUCAACAUCACCGGUUUUCGCAUCGUGGACGCCACUCGGCCAUACGUCAAAGACUUCCUGACCGCUUGGCAUGGUCUCGAUCCGGCGGGGUUCCAAGGAGCAGGCCGUGAAUCUAUUUCCGCACAAGCGGCGCUGAUGUACGACGCCGUAUUUGUUCUCGUUGAGGCGUUCAACAAGUUUCUGAGGAAAAAGCCGGACAGAAGCAACGUGAGACGAACUGGAGUCCCUGGUAGCAGUCAGAUUACGAAUGGCACACGGUCGCUGGAUUGCAAUAAUAGUGGCGGCUGGGUGACACAGUUCGACUUUGGAGAAAAAAUUUCGAGGCUACUGAGAAAGGUUGAAAUCGAGGGACUGACGGGGGAGAUCCGUUUUAACGAUGAUGGUCGCCGACACAAUUACACUCUUCACGUCGUCGAGAUGACGGUCAACAGUGCCAUGGUCAAAGUUGCAGAAUGGACGGACGAAGCAGGAUUUCAAGCGAUCGCAGCAAAAUACAUUCGUCUGCGACCGCACACGGAGAUCGAGAAGAACAAGACCUACAUUGUCACCACAAUCGUGGAAGAGCCGUACAUCAUGAAGAAAAAGUCAGACACGGGCGAACCGCUUGUGGGCAACGAUAGCUACGAGGGUUAUUGCAAAGAUCUUGCUGAUCUUAUAGCGAAGAAACUCGGAAUAACGUACGAGCUUCGGAUCGUAAAGGACGGAAAAUACGGAAUGGAGAAUCAGAACGUUCCUGGUGCCUGGGACGGGAUGGUGGGCGAGCUGAUUCGCAAAGAAGCAGACAUUGCCAUCGCUCCUAUGACAAUCACCUCCGAACGCGAACGAGUGAUCGACUUCAGCAAACCUUUCAUGUCUUUGGGAAUCAGCAUAAUGAUAAAGAAACCUAUCAAACAGAAGCCUGGUGUAUUUAGCUUCUUAAACCCAUUAAGCAAGGAGAUCUGGGUGUGCGUGAUCUUCUCGUACAUCGGUGUGUCCAUCGUACUAUUUACCGUAUCCAGAUUUUCCCCGUACGAAUGGAGGGUGCUAACGCUGAGCAGUGGUGCGGAUCCAGCUGGAAGAAAUGAUCCCACGUUGCAACAUCCUCAUGCGUCUCAAGGAUCGCCUCACAUGCCGACCUCCAGUAUGGCCAACGAUUUCAGCAUCAUCAACAGCCUGUGGUUCGCGUUGGCCGCGUUCAUGCAACAGGGCUGCGACAUAUCGCCCAGAUCAAUAUCGGGACGGAUAGUUGGCAGCGUCUGGUGGUUCUUCACCCUUAUUCUGAUCUCAUCGUAUACUGCCAAUCUAGCUGCAUUUUUGACAGUCGAAAGAAUGGUGGCCCCGAUCAAUUCGCCAGAAGACUUGGCCUCGCAAACGGAAGUUCAAUACGGCACACUCUCUCACGGAUCCACUUUUGAUUUUUUUCGCAAAUCGCAGAUCAAUCUCUACAGCAAGAUGUGGGAGUUCAUGAACUCCCGGAAGCACGUGUUCGUAAAAACGUACGACGAGGGCAUACGGAGGGUGAGGACAAGGAAAGGCAAGUACGCUCUUCUGAUAGAGAGUCCGAAGAACGAGUACAUCAACGAGAGGGAGCCCUGCGAUACGAUGAAAGUCGGUAGGAACCUUGACGCCAAAGGGUUCGGUGUUGCGACACCGCUGGGAUCUCCACUCAGAGACCCGAUAAAUUUAGCGGUGCUGUCGCUGAAGGAAAACGGCGAAUUGACAAAACUGGUAAACCGAUGGUGGUACGACAGAACGGAAUGCAGGCACGGUGACAAACAGGAUGCAUCGAGGAACGAGUUGUCCCUCAGCAAUGUUGCAGGGAUAUUCUACAUCCUUAUUGGUGGCCUUCUUUUAGCACUGGCCGUCGCCCUACUGGAGUUUUGUUAUAAAUCGCACACGGAAGCUACAAGAGCGAAGAUACCACUGUCAGAUGCGAUGAAGGCGAAAGCCCGACUGACGAUCGGCGGCGGUCGAGAUUUCGACAAUGGCCGGUGGUACGGACUGCAGAGUUAGACGGAGGAUGCAUGCGCCUUUCCCGGGACCAUAUUACUACGCUCCGGCAAACGCGAUUGGCAAUACGGAGGGCGACCAGGUGCACAGCAAUACGCAUACCCAGGUGUAGAUUACCUGGAGUCGCCAAGCGAGUCGCCCGCCAUCUCCCUGCCCACACCUCCGCCGCCGCCCCUGGUGGCGGCCCUGCCCACGCCGCCGCCACCGCCGCCCAGAAGACCGCGACGAAGCGUCACAUUCGCGGAAUCACCGCCGAAGAGCCCGAAGAGGUUCAGGUUCUCGCCGUUCCAGCGGAAACCGGGCAACCUGAUGCUAGACGUCGCGGUGCCCUGGACCCCGGCCUCCCCGCGCGUCUGGACUGGCAAAAUCGGCGAGGACAAGCCCGAGUACGUCAAGUAAACACGACGUCGUUUCACGAGUAAUCACAGGAAGCUUGUCAGUUGGUGCUCGUCGUGGAUCGCGUCUAUGACGAUCGGGAGCCUCCUGACUAUCCUCGACCCUCAACCCUAAGCAACGCGUUUGCCGCUAGUCGAAUCUCCGCGACUCGCCGUUCCUAGGUUCGUUUGUCCUAUUCGACGUGAUAGGGACCUAGCACUUGAUAAACGAUACUGUUUCUAUUCUACGUAGGGGAUGAGGAACCUUCCGUGGAGGCGUAUUAUGUCGGAUGUAUGAUAAUCAGUUUUUCACUUGUUCUGGGAUUGUUUCGUUUUUCUCCUUGCGAUACCAUGGGUUUGUGGUGAAUCAAGUGUGAUACAAAACCCUAUACCUAAUGGUUGCUAUUGUUUAAUCAUUUUUUUCAGAUGUACGUUUGAAAGAUUCAUUUUGUAUAGUACUAUUGCUCGAUAAAAGAAAUGCUAAAUAAGGAGGAGGUUUAGUGUUCAUAAUACGUAUGUUAGAGGAAAGACAAAAUUACCAAUCAUACAUAGCAGUGAUACUAUUUGUGAUAAUAACUUCAUCGAUACGAUUUAAAUGAUUCCGUAAUGACUAGCAACUAACAGACACUAUGUGUCUGAAAGUCCUGCAGCAAUUAAUUUUAUUUCAAAAUUCCUUUCCAAUGAAAGAUAUUUUGUUUAUCCACUGUUUGGAGGGACAUACAUUUUUCAUAGGAACAUAUCAUAAUAAACUUGUUCCAGAAAUUACAGUUUUCUAUUCGUAUAUGUGUUUAUACUGAGCUGGAAGACCCGGAAGAUCUUUGAAAAAAUGACGAUUUAAGUGUAUCGAGACGCGUUGAGAGCAAUAGAGCUAUCUUAAAUUGCCCUAAUUAUCAAGUUUUUUUUUUUUGCAGAUCUGAUACGCCACAUAUAAAUAUACGCAUAUGAAAUGCCUAGAACAAUCUUUCUCAAUCUAUUGCUGGUCCGUACUAUGUCGAAUAAUAUGAAUCAACCUUUUUCUCCAGCUUUCAAUCUCGGUGUACAGGGCAUAGCAAGUCAUUCUUCUCCAAAGAUCGACCUCCCAGCUUUAGAGCUGUCUAAUAUUAAUUAUUUUCGAACUGAAAUAAUAAUACUUUUUAUUUGUUUUUCUAAUAGAGGCUGUUUAGAGGCGUCAAUGAUCGUAUAAGCCCUUUUCAGUAGAAUGAUACUCCAUUUUAUGUAUUUUCCAAUACAGACUGUUAAGAGUUACAAUAAUCCUUAUUGACUUUAUAAGUCAUCAAUUAUUUUCCAGAAAAGUAAUAUACUUUCAUAUUUAUUCCUUAAUAGAUAUUUGUGAGAUGAACUUACAACGAUACGGUACAGUAUAUUACUUUUAAAUACUUAAACAAUAAAUUAUUUUAUUUUAUUACUUUAUAUAUUUACUUAUUCUGCCUAUUUAGUGCACUAAUAUAUAAAUAAGGAACACAUAAUACAAAUGCGUUAAAUUUAUCUAAUUUUAUUAAAUUGUACUUACGCUUUAUCAGUAUUUUAUUUUAUCAUUGCAUAUACUUAUUCACUUAACGAAUUUAUUGUACAAUUACGGAUGAAUACAUUUGAGACGAAUUUAUAUAAUUUUAUAAAAUUGUAUUUAAUUUGAACAAAAUUUUAUACAAUUUCGUACAAUUUUAUAAAAUUACAUCUAAGUAAACUUCCAAUUUUACAUAAUCUUACCAAUAUUGAAAAGCACAAUCUGAAGCAAACACCAAUGAUAUAAUAUCUUAUCUACGUUUGCAAGGCUAAGUUAUCGAUAAUCUCGUCGAGCCAAUUUAUAUCCCGCUAUACUUUGAGGACUUGAUCCUAGUAACUCGUAGAUUGGAAGCCCGAGAAAUCGCUCGAAAACACGGAGAGCCGUGUCACGGUCUGGCGGGAGCUCCCGUGAUCACGCCGAACUUGUUUCAAGUACAGUGAUCGCGUCGAUUCGACAAGGAUCAUCGCGAUCCGUCGAGGAUGGACACCGUACGGGAGUCCUCGCCGCCGGUCGCGUUUGUACAUUGUAUAUAAAUUAUAAUCGAAUCAAACGAGACGAAUCAAAAAGAAAAAUAAGCAGACACAAACGAACACACCGGCUGUCCGCGACAGAACAGUGUCGCGACAUUCGAUAGUAGAAUUCGAUGGUCCCGGGGUGGGUGCAUGUGCAACCAACAGCUUGAACGAUACGUUAAACUGCAAUUCCGUGAGAACGAGAGCCCGUAACACGCACACGAAACACGUUAAACAUGUACACGAGCACAUAAACACGUACAUAUAUGUAUACAUAUUAUACGAGGGAAAAUGCACGUCGGUCGAAUUGGACAGAGAUGGGCAGCACUUUGCUACAAUAAUGAACGACUGAAUCACAACUCAGACAACAUUGAACGGUUACUCGACGAAGCUUCCGAACGAGGUGCAACUUCAUUUUACAAUUCGAAUUGCAAGCCUCGUUCGACGCUAGGUUUACGGUGAUUCAAUAUAUCUUCGCUGCAUUGUUUAUUUGUUUUUGGGGCAUAUUUUCUAAGAAGAUUUCGAUUGCGUUUAUACCUAUUAACGAAGUAAUUUGGAAGUAUGCUUGUCUCUUUGUGAGGAUAGAAGUUAGCAUAAGUGGCGGGCGUAAAAUGUAAAUGGCUUCAGUGACUUUCCUUGUGAAAUUCGAAAAGGGUGGACACGACCUUACUUCGUAAAGCUGGCGUUAAGAAAUAACGAACUGAAUGAUGUUCAUCUUUCGAUCGUUAUAAGUAACUUUUUAUGUAGAUUGUGCCCAUCUCUGCCGGUUGCGAACGAAGAAGACACGCGAUGAAUUGGGGGAAACGAUCGACGAGGAGAGUUCGCAGGACGAAGGAAAACCGAUGAAUGAAAUGGACGGGUCGGGUCGAUCGUGACGAUGACACUACUAUUAUUAUUACCAUUACUCUGAUUAAUAUUAUUGCGACCGGUAGAUUUUAUUAUGGAUUCACGGUUAAUUACGACGAUCAAUGGUACACCCGGUGUAACCCUAUUUUGUGGAUCUCGCGAGAAUGGAAUUAUUCGUUGCGUCAGAACUAAAAUGAUAGGAAAAAAAAAAUGAAAAAGAAAAGAGCAAAAGAAGAAAAAAAAGAAGUAUGAGCAAACCAGCACUGGAGCCGCGAUACGUUUUUUAACUGACAAUGGUGUAUAAUCACAUCGAUGCGUGAGUAAUGCGUGUGUGAUAAGUAAUAUAUUAUAUAUAAUAUAUAUAUAUAUAUAUAUAUACA